AAGAUAAGACGAACUUAUGUCGAAUAAACUGUCUCUGAUAGUCGUAUUGGGCUAUCAUUAACACCUUCGCAGUCAUGCUUAUUCUUACGUUCAAUGUUUUGACGGCAGUCGUUUACUUUCAUGGUGUAUCUGCAGCUGAUCAGGCUAUCCUCAGGACUAGGCGGGAAUUACAAAAUUUUACAAUUGGAGGGGAAGCUGUAGCUGUGAGACGGAUCGUACCAGUAACUAAUGAUUUCGACCAGUGCUAUGUACACGUAACAGUUCACAACUCUUCGUCAUUUCGCUACGGACUUGAAAAUGCAAAAGUAACAAUAUUAUCUCGUGCGCAGGGCGAAGGUGGUAAAGUAAAUUAUACUGGUUUCUCGGAUGGAUUAACUGACGCAAAUGGACAGGCUUGUAUUUUAGUUCAUUGUCGAGCGGAAGGUCUUGUCUUUGUUGAGAAAAAUGGUAUAGGAGUGUUUGCACUAAAUAAGUCUAUGCAAAUAUCACGCCUUCCAAUGUUCUUUAAUUUUGACCUGAAGUAUAACAAUGAAUUUAUCUUCUUUUAUACAUAUCCAUGGGGCAUCGUUGGAGGGAGAAAUGGACCUGUGUUUUAUUCACAGGAGAAAGAUCAGUGUAUAAAUGCAAAUCCGAACGAUUACCACUUUGUGUUCUCUUAUAUAUCUAUUCCUGAUGUAUUAAAUGGCACAGUUUCACCACUUACUGACGAUGACCCAACCGAUAGAUAUGUUUGGUAUUAUGGAUUAGGAAACGACAGAAGGACAUGCUACAUGAAAGUAAAGAUAAAGACGCUUUCACCACAGUUAAGUAUUGGAACAACAAGUUUUCUGAACUCAGCCUCGGGACAACGUCUUGGAACAUUUUAUACAGGACCACAAUAUGACAUCAGUAAAGCUGAAACGAGCGACAGGGCCGCUUGUAUCCUCUUCCGAUGUCCGGCUGUACACUAUGUAGCUGCGGAAGACAUGCAUACAUAUGUUAACGGGACAAUAAACGGUGGUCCAACGACAGGCUGUUGCUUAAGGUCUAAGAACACAAACAUGUUAAACAUAACACCAUACGGAUUUUCAUCAGUCACGCCGUUCAGCCCACAUCAGAACUACGGUCCUAACGAAGGUAUCUAUAUGUCAUUUGAUAGCCGUAAUGCCAGGGCAAGGUGCUUCACCGGGCAUGACUUUCUAGGAUCCGAGUAUGCUAUGGAUGUUAAUAAAGGUUUUGCUUUUGAAUAUGACUGUACACCGAAUGCCGUUUGUGGAACACUUCCUGUUAUUGGAUAAUAAAAUCUAUAGAGCUGAA